GCUCCAGCUCUCAUAUCCCCGGAACUCGGGCCCUUUGGCACACAGAAGUAAAACAGAAAUACAAAAUUGAAUAGUGAAAGAAAAUUAAGAGUGGUACUUUUCUAUCAAACAGGAAAUGAGGCGGCGCCGAUCCGCUUGCCAGGAGAUUGACCCUCCACCAACCAUUAACAACUCCCUUUUUGUGCCCUGCAAGGAAAUGUGGCGGGGCAACAUUCAGGAUGCCUGGAUCCCAAUGGAGGAGUCACAUUGCCACACCAACAAGGACGAGACCAACUCUCUCGGGGCUGAGGGCCGUGGGCGACCCUUCGACAUGGUCAAGGACGACGUGCUGCUCGCUUGGCAGCAGAGUCCUCACAAGGACACGUUGGGCUUCUAUGGCGUCGGCUCGCCCAGCCAGCAGCCCGAGUCGGUGGCUUUCAACCAGGUGCUUUCGGACUGCCUGGCCAAGGUCAGCAGUGGCGUCACCCAGCUGCGUCGCCCCAAAAAGGAACCCCCUCCAUCUCCCAGGAUAACGCCAGCGGGAAAUAUCAUGAAUCCUGAGAUUUGUAAACCCUUCAUCCUCAACCGCCAGGCACUGCAAACGGAGAUGGAGCUAAUGCCCAAUGUGAAACUACAGCUGGAUCCCCGAAAAGCUUAUGAGUCUAUAUAUUGCAAUGAUCCACCCGAUCCCCAUGAUCCCCUUGGAGUUAAUCGACAGCUGGAGGGAGAGAUGGAUCCCAAACCGAAAAAGGAACCACAUGGGUUGCGACGCCGUCACUGGUACUGUCCCAUGGAUUGUGGCCAAGCUGGAAAUGCGUGCACUCAGUACGAGUGGGCUAAGUACAAGAUGGAUCCCCGUCCCUAUAACAAGGAAUUCCGGGAGUGGCUCCAGGGACAGAAGGAGCAGCAGAGCCCAGAGCCCAAGGACUACAAUGAGUUGUACGAGAGGUUUCUGAAGUGCUUCGAGCCAAAGCCUUUGCCAGAUCCACUUUGCAGGACCUAUAAUGAAUGCUGCAAGCCCAAGAAACCGAAAGAAAAUGAAGCCCAAGGAGGUGGCGAUGGACAUGGAGGUUUUGGUGAUGGUCACAGACCCGGAAGACCUUACCCUAAUAAAGGUAAACCAACUGGAGUAGAUAAGACCGGAACCGGAAAUGGAAAGGAAGAUAGAGGAAGUGGCGAGGGAGGCGAAGGAGCCGAUGGUACCGGCGAUGACAAGGAUAAAGGAGAUGACAAGAAUAAAGACGGAGGGGUAGACAAAGAAAGAGAUAAGAAUAAAGAUAAAACGAAAGACAAAGAUAAAGAUAAGGAUACAACUAAAGAUCAAAAUAAAGAUACGGAUCAAACUAAAGAUAAAAAUAAAUAUACGGAUAAAACUAAAGAUAAAAAUAAAGAUAAGAAUAAAACUAAAGAUAAAAAUAAAGAUAAGGAUAAAACUAAAGAUAAAAAUAAAGAUAUUGAUGAGGAUUCAUAUAAGGGAACGGAUACAAAUGAAGAUGAAGACAAAGAUAAAGAUAAACCAAAACCCAAAGGUAAAAAUAAAGGCAAAGGUAAAGGCAAAGGUAAAGGCAAAGAUAAAGGCAAAGAUGAAAGCAAGGAUAAAGGUAAACAUAAAGACAAAGAUAUAGGCAAAGAUAAAGGCAAAGAUAAAGGCAAAGGUAAGGGCAAAGAUAAAGGCAAAGAUAAAGGCAAAAAUAAAGGCAAAGAUAAAGGCAAAGAUAAAGGUAAAGAUAAAGACCAAAAUAUAUACAAGGAUAUAUAUGAAGAUAUCGAUAAAGACAAAGGAGAAGGAUCGGAUAAAAAGAAAAAUGAAACACCGGAAGUGCCAAGGGAAUCCGACAAAGGAAGUCCUAGUAUGAAACCAGAUUUUCCUUGGGGCAACGAUCCUUGCGGCAACGAUCCCCAAAUACCCACCAAUAUAGGAUCCACAGAAGACUUUGAAAAGUACAAGCCCGAAGAACCCAAAGAUGUAUUGAAAGUUCCACCCAAAUGCAAGCAAACGGAAAAGAGUAAUAAGGACAGGAAGUCCUGCAAGCCUUGUCCACCGCCGGGUUGCCAGUGUGAGAUCUGCCACUUCCUGGAUCGCAAGGAUCCGGAGGCUCCCUUCAUGCGGGAUAUGAGGCGGGCGGAUCAGAGGCGCCAGCUCCGCGCCUACUAUCGUCAAAUGUGCCACCGCGAAUACAUACGGAAUCGAUGUCGGGAGGAAGAGUACCGGGCACCCAGGCACAAAUGCGAUCCCAUCUGCUGCGACAACUUCCUGUGCCGCAAUCCCCGACUCGCCGAGUACUGUGACUGCCUUGGAGCCGUGCAGGAGCUGCAGAAGCUCCUCUCCGGCGCCAAGGAUAACCAGGACUACUCCAAACCACUUCACUGCGUCGAAAAUCUGCGCAGGCGCGUCUGCCAGCAGAUGUGUGAUUGCAUUCUGGCAUGAAUUGGAUCGGAGUCUAUUUUUG